CAACCAUGACGCAACUUACCCACGAAAGGUAGACUGUGCCGCAAACUGUGUCUCGAUGUCGUAAAAUACAAGAGCGCAAGCGAGCCGAAAAUGGCGGAGUAUUUGGCAUCCAUUUUUGGUACGGAGAAAGAUAAGGUCAACUGUUCUUUCUACUUCAAAAUUGGUGCAUGCCGCCAUGGCGACCGCUGUUCCAGGCUGCACAACAAACCCACUUUCAGCCAGACCAUUGCCCUCUUGAACAUUUACCGUAACCCACAAAACAAUGCCCAGUCUGCUGACGGUUUACGGAGUGCUGUAAGCGAUGUGGAAAUGCAAGAGCAUUAUGAUGAGUUCUUCGAGGAGGUCUUUACGGAGAUGGAGGAGAAAUAUGGAGAAGUGGAGGAGAUGAACGUGUGUGAUAACCUCGGCGAUCAUCUAGUUGGAAACGUUUAUGUCAAGUUCCGCCGUGAGGCGGAUGCAGAGAAAGCUGUGAUGGACCUGAACAACCGCUGGUUCAACGCCCAGCCCAUCCAUGCAGAGUUGUCACCCGUCACCGACUUCAGAGAAGCCUGCUGUCGACAAUAUGAAAUGGGGGAAUGCACAAGAGGCGGCUUCUGUAACUUCAUGCAUCUGAAGCCCAUCUCUCGGGAGCUCCGGAGGGAACUGUAUGGGCGCCGCAGAAAACGGCACCGUUCCCGUUCCCGUUCUCGUGACCGCCGUUCACGCUCUCGUGACCGCGGCCGUCGUGAUCGUGAAAGGAAGAGGUCGAGGGAUCGAGAACGUUCAGGAAGAUUCUAAGCACAGUGUUGAUGCGCCUCCUCUCUCAUCUCUCAUCUCUCCCGUGUUCCCUUGUCCCUUUAGUUCACUUCAACCCGACCAAAAUCCAUUUCAAAUGUUGGACUUUUUUUUCUUCUCAAGAUUUUUCCAUUUACUCAUUUUGUUUUUUAAGACAACAACUCAAAAAGCCUGAUUUCUCAAUAAAUGACUUUGUAGUUA